CCCAUCUUUGAUCCCACUCGUAUCCCAUAUCAGACUGAUUGAACUAACUCAUUGGACUCAUAAAAUCGAAAAUCGAAACAAAUUAACAUAUCAAACAUGUCAACAGCAGUCAAAGUCGCCAUCGUCGGUGCUACUGGCAAGACCGGCAGUUCAAUCGUGAAUGGGUUACUCGCAUCUGAGACUAAAUUUGAUAUCACCGCCCUCGCACGACCAGCUUCUGUCGACAAUGAAGCUCACAAUGCCCUCAGAAAUCGUGGCAUCCAUGUCGUAUCCGCGGAUUUGACAGGCCCAAAAGAGGAACUCGUUAAGACCCUGACCGGAAUCGACGUAGUCAUUUCUUGCAUCGUCUACAAUGGCUUGAGUGACCAAAUUCCCCUCGCCGAAGCGGCGAAAGAAGCUGGCGUGAAGAGAUUCGUGCCUUGCGACUUUUCCACGCCAACCACGAGAGGUGUCAUGACGAUGCAUGAUCAGAAGUCAGACAUUCUUGCAUCGGUCCAGCGCCUCUAUCUACCAUACACCGUCAUCGAUGUCGGCUGGUGGUCUCUUCAAGGAAUCCCGGCCGUAGCCUCGGGUCGAACGAAGCACGUGGUUCGCGAACUCAUAAACGUUCUCCCGGGCGACGGUACGGUCCCGAUAGCAUAUACCGACUUGCCGGAUAUCGGGACCUACGUCGCAAAGAUCAUCGUUGACCCAAGAACGCUGAAUAGGAAGGUCUUUGCGUAUACCGAGGUUCUCAGCACGAACCAGGUCGACGAGCUCGUCGAAGAGCUUAGCGGCGAGAAAGCUAUAAGAAAACAUCUGAGCGCGGAAACGGUUCGUGACGCCAUCGCAUCUGCACAUGCCGCACUAGCCAAAGAUCCCACAGACCAGUCGACAAGAUUUAAUCUUCUCCUUAACGAAUACGUAAACUGUUGGGGUUUGAGGGGUGACAAUACCCCCGAGUAUGCCAAGUAUCUAGGCUACUUGGAUUUCAAAGAGCUGUACCCCGGCGUUACAGGCAAGACCUUGCGAACCAUCAUCGCCGAAGUUCUGGAUGGAAAGAGAGGGGGAGAGUGAUGGCAUAUCACCUGCUGAUAUGUUAUGGAUAUUUGGAUACCUACCGCUUAGGUAGGUCGCUUACCUAGUAGGUACCUAGUUACUGGGUACUGACUUGGGUAGGUAUGUAUUAGGUUUAAGGGCAUAGUACCUAUGUUGAUGAGAAGAUGCCACUGGAUCUCUUCUUGUCUCUUUCUGUCUGUCUGUCUGUCUGUUUGUCUGUUUGUCUGUCUCUCUCCUUCUCUAUCUCACUGAGGACUCUCGAUUGUACUAC